CAGCUUUCAGUUACUUGCUUCGUCGGAAUAUUCUCACCUUUUUCAGUUGCCUGGAUUACUGUCUGUCACCUAAAUCACCUCACCCAGGCCCCAUAUUAUUGUUACCCUUUUCUGUUUUCUUUUUCAUUAUUCUGUAAUAUAAAUCAAGAAUCGUCGAAUCGGGCUUCAGUGAAGGAACUAAAGAAAACGAUGAAGAAGGGCGAUAAUAAGGGUCGGACUCGGACCUUCCCGGUGGAUCCGAACGUUCCCCGAUGGGUUUGCCAGAACUGCCGCAACCCUCUCUGCAUCGUCGGCGUGGACUCUUACGCUGACAAAUUCUUCAACGAUCCUUCUCGCUCCGAGAAAAUGAGUAUAGGGAUGCAAGGGUCGUCCGUUCAUGGUGCCAGCAGUGUGCUGAGUGCAACUAAAAUGGACAAUUCGUAUGUUGUGCUUCCCAAGCAGAGACCCCAGGCUCAGGGAAAUGCUCAUCGCCCACGUGGUGAUGCUGCCGCCGCCGCCGCUGCACAGCCUGGAAAGGCGAUGGAGGAGUCGUUUGUGGUUGUGUACAAGUCUGAAUCGGGGACGGAUGGAGGCGGGGCUCAUUCACCUGGCGCCGGGCUGAUUCUGGUGGCCAUUUGCAGCCUCCAUAACUCUGGGUUUAAUUCCACUAUUACUGUCUUGACUCGAGCGUUUGAGAUUGCCACGACGCAGACCCAGGUUACGGUUUGA